AUGGUGGUGAGAUCCGAUAGUUCGGUCAGCCCGGAUGAGCCCUUCAAGCAUGAGAAGUCUAGCGAUGUCCACCCCGAUGACGAGGGCUCAAUCGAUGAACACCCCGAUGAUGAGGGCUCCGAUGACGAGGGCUCAGAGCACGAGAGCUCCGAGGACGAGAGAGAACUCGUCAUACUUGAGCUUCCCAAGGUGGAUGGUGCCGACUAUGCAAAUGAGGAGAUCGAGGCCGAGCUCACUCGUGUCGGGCAUUGGAAAUCUUCGAGCUAUGCCAUCCGCCGUCCACGAAUGUUCAUUCCAGUCCCGAAACCCGAGAUCAAAUCGGAGCUGGCUUACACCAUGCUGUACCACAAGUAUUUGGUCGGACGGACGACCUUCCGAGUCCUGGUCAGCACCAACCCACCGCCGGCCCCGUUCGACCAGACGAACACGAACACGCUGGGAUACCAAAUGCUCCGGGAGAGUGACGGCAGCACGUUUUCCUUCCUGAGGCGCCUGCUGCCGGAACUGUGCCAGCCGUUCUUCAAGGCAUAUGCGGACUGGACCGGCGACGACCUCGAGAGCCAUCUCCUGCGCGCCGAAGUCCACUUGCAGUUGGUGACCACCAAGGACGGACUGCCCACGCUCAUCAACCUCACUCCGCCGGGCCAUCUCCCCGCCUGGAUGGUUCGUCAGGGUCCGGGAUAUGACAACACCCCCUGGCUGGACCUAGACAUCCCAGCCGGCUUUCCCCGCUACGACCUCGCAGCAGCCAGAUUUCUGGAGACGAUGGCACCGAAUUGGGUAUACAAGGUUGAGAUCAACGGCGCGCCGCUCAUCUACAAGAGAGGGAAAUGGCGGAAGUGGCUUACACGCGAGGCCACAAUGCUUCGGGAAUUGGAGGGGUGUUCCCUCCGCGUACCCAAGCUGGCUGGCUUCAUAGGGUUGGAGAGCCAGUGUCCGGGAAUUCUGGUAUCGUUCAUCCCUCACGAGACCACACUGUGGGAUAUUCGGGACAACAUGCAGACGACGGAUCUUGGUGUGCGCCACAAGUGGUUUGACCAGAUUCAUGAAACUGUCAUGGCGCUACACCAGAGGGGGAUGACCUGGGGAGAUGUCAAGCCAGACAACGUUCUGGUUGACAGCAACCAGGACGCUUGGAUUAUAGAUCUAGAGGGAGGUUUUACGAAGGACUACGUGCCCCUAGAGCUAACGGGAACAGUAGCAGGUGAUCUUGUGGGGUUGAAGGCGAUCCGCGAAUUCUUGUGUUCACCGGACUGA